AUGGCCAAGGUCGAUAUCCUCCUCGCACUAUUUAACCUCAUCCCCUCCAUCCUGGCAAUAUGCUCGACCCAGUCCCCCUUCUACCCACCUCCAUUUUACAACCGUCAGGCUUCUGAGGUAUGGGAAGCCCUCGGCUUAGUAGAAGCCUCGCUGUCAACCUUACUCCGCAACUCCAACAACCUAAAUACAUCAUCCUAUUCCAUUGAAAUCACCUCAUCGCAGUCCACAUUAUGGUCGACAUUCCAUACCGCAAAAGAUAAAAAUAUCACACGCCCUGGAGCCGACAGAGUAGAUGAGGCAAGUCGCUAUCGCAUCGCAAGUAUCACCAAGGUCUUCACCGUCCUCGGCUUGCUCCAACAGCAUGCCGCGGGGAACCUCUCUCUCGAGGACACUGUGGAUAAAUACAUCCCUCAACUUCGCGGCUCGCAUCGCGACGGGAACAGAAGCACUAGUAGUGUCCAGUGGGACAAAAUAUCACUCCGUUCCCUGGCAAGCCAACUAUCUGGCCUCCCCCGCGACUGGGUCUUGAACGAUGUCCUCACGGACCCCGAGAGCGUCGAUACAAGCACAAAAUGCGACCCUCACCACGACCAUAGGCCCUGCACCGCACAGGACUUACUCGACAAUCUAACAAGGAGGCCUGCCUUGUUUGCGCCAAACGCAAAGUCGACGUACUCAAACCUUGCAUUCGACCUCCUCGGGCUCGUUUUAGCGAACGUCACUGGCACCACAUACGAGGAAUACAUAACAAGCGCGAUCCUCCAUCCCUUGGGAAUGUCUCAGACAUCAUUUGCCAAACCACUGGACAGUGUGUCCGUCCUUCCGAAGGGAAAUGCAUGGUACUUUGACGUUGAUAAGGGCGUGGAGAAUCCCACCGGCGGAUUAUACUCUUCUUCGCACGACAUGUCCGUUUUUCUCCGCUACGUCCUCGCCAACUACAAAGACAUUGCGGACGCAAAGUUGAAUUGGCUUCUACCCGUGUCCUUCACCGCUGGGAUGGGAAGUUUCUACGGCAUGCCGUGGGAGAUUUUCCGCACGGACAGAAUUCUUCUCCCGGACGAUAAGCGAAGGGCAAGGACAGUUACGUUCUUUACCAAAGGCGGCGGUCUCCCGGGGUACGAAACCCUCAUCCUCCUCGUGCCGGAAUACGAUUUGGGUAUCACGUUUCUCACCGCCGGAGAUGAGACAUUCCCAGAAGUAUUAGUGGAGAUGGUCAUCGGUCCACUGAUUCGUGCGGCUGAUAAGCUUGCUGCACGUCAGGUUAAGGAAACAUAUGUGGGGAGAUACACUUCUCCUUCUACCGAGGAGCAUAUGGUCAACUCCACGUUGACACUAACUUAUACAUCAACCCAUGGCCUCGAGGUCAACGAGUGGAUUUCAAAUUCCACAGAUGUGUUGAGUAUCAUAUCCAAGCACUCCCCCAAGAACACAAAAUUCCACGCUCAGUUGAUUCCCUCCGGUCUCUACAGAGACGAGACGCAACUAGGAGAGGUAUGGAGAAUUGCAAUUGUGAUGGACAGGGAGUCACCCCCGGAAUCAGUGCUAGGACGAUGGAGCGAACACGAGAACAAUGCUGGCUCAUGGUCUGGUUUCGCACCCGUUUCGGAAGAAUUCUGUAUCAGCGAUGUAGACAAUAUAAUAUAUGCGGGAACACCCUUGAGCGAGGUUGUCUUUUGGGACAGGGAUGAGAAGACCGGCAUGUUUGGAAUGGUGGAAUUGCCAGCCUUUGGGAUGAAUUUGACUCGUGCGGACCGGACGGAAGAAAGAGCGCCAAAGGAGAGAGUUCUGAUCAAGCAGGAACUUUGA